AUGGAUCAUCACUGCCCCUGGGUAAACAACUGCAUCGGCUGCAUGAAUCAAAAGUACUUCUUCCUUUUCCUCACUUACAUGGCUCUCUCUUGUCUUUCCAACAUUGGCAUUAUCUUUUCCGGACUCGGAAGGUUCUUAAUGGCUUCUCCUGAGCGCAGGACUCUUUUCGUCGAGCAGUGGACGUCAACGUAUCCCGGAUGGCUGGCUGCUGUACUGCUCGGGGCAUGCUUACUCAUUGACGUGGUUUUCCUACUCAUCACACUGGAUUUCUUAGCAGAGCAGUGGGAAGCUCUCGAAACCAACGCUACUCUAGUGGAAACGUACAGGAAUACUCACGGACAAAAGGUACACAAAAGGUUGAUUAGUUGCGUCGGGCGCCACACUAUUAUUCCAACUUUCGAGAGACCCAAUGAUGUCUCGAAUCCGUUUUUUUGUACCACUCCAACAUUUGUUCACAAAUCCUUCAUACUGACAAUGAUUAGAGCAGCAGUAGUUCUAGCAGGCCUGGCGGUCCCUGCUUCGGCGCGUGGUUGGCUCUCGAGCGAAAAUCAGGCGCUGAAGUUGCCAGCAUGGCCAACUUCAGUUGAGAAGGUGCUGCUUUCUGAGGAACCCACCCCAGAUGAUUUCACUGAAGAAUUCGAAAGGGGUUCACCCGCGGCAAAUAUGUUGCCUGGAUUCACCACACUGGAAAACUACCCGAAUCCAAUGAUCAACACAAUGGCUUGCAGAAGAUGGGGCAUGGAAGUUUCCUACGUCUGUGACCCAGACCACGUCUUCUCAAGCAACACAUUGGACAGGAUUGAGGAACGCCUAUCGAACAUCCGCCACAACUCCUCCCACCGUUGUGUUGAUGAAUACGUCUCUUACCCAUUCGGGGUCGCUAUUGUCCAAGAGCUGCCCUAUGGCGUCGACGCGAACACAUUCGCAACUGAACUGAUUGAUCGUUGGGGACUUGGACACAGCAAGUGCCACGAUGGUCUUCUACUGCUCUAUGUUGCCUCCGACGGAGAUGUUUCACUCAAGUGGUAG